AUGCUCAGUCGAAAGGUCGGCGGCAGCUUUGUUUGCCUGCGAUGCCGCUUGCAACUCGCCGGUGCCGCAACCACCUUGACGACCAGAAGGCCGCUACCAUUUGAACCACCAACGGCAACGCGCGCCGCCGCUGUUACUCCCACUCCUGCUGCACCCUUUGCCAACAGACGGCACUAUACCUCAGACCGAGCCGAUGCCGCCGAGACCAGCAGGCAACGUAGCAAGGGAACCGAUGCGCCUGACGAACCGAACCGAAAACAUGACCUAUUCAAUCCAGAACCCUUCCACGGCACGGCCGAUCAGGGUCGUGCGGACCCGGCGGAUAUAACCAGACAAAUCAUUCAGGGCUUCGAUGCCGUCGACAGCGAGCUCCAGAGCAACCGGGAAGAAGAGACCGCUUCAUCUAGCACCGAAAAUGGCACUCAACAUGGCGAUGGAGCACAGGGGCCCAAUAUAAUAAGAUACUCGCCGGCGGAAAGAAGAGAAAGGAAACAGGAGACGUUGGUCAGGCACAAGGGUCAGAGGAUGGCUGUCAAGCAGGAAGACCUAACUGUCGGCAUGUUAGGGAAGCCCUCGCAAGUGGUUGUCCUUCGCAGUCGAGGCAAACUGAGUAAGCGCCAAACACCACAGGUUACGCCAGCUCCUGCGCAUGCCGCCGUGGUUGAUCUUGAGGAGUCUUUGGAGAAACAUGAUCUGUAUCCCGUGGAGGAGGAAAUUCUCGAGAACAUACAGGAACUCCGGCCUGAAGAGGCUGUCCUUACCGGAAAGCAGUUCGCGGAGCUCUUGGAGACGCUUUACACAAGCUUUACCAGUCGGCAACUGGAACAAUAUCUUAUCCAUCAUGCGGAAGCCCAACAAGUGCUGUCGAAGCCCCUUGCAGAGGAUCCCCCUUGGAUCGUCAGGCGCUAUCCUUGGAUUCCCGCCGUUGAGGGCGCCAUGACGCCCUACGACUACAGACACCCUACGUUGCGCGGAUACUACGGUUCGGACACAAAGCCGAAGCAGAAGCUUGCCCUGCGGAUUAUGCUUGAGUGCUGGGAGCUGGCUUCCCACGAUAUCAUUGACGGCCAAGGCCACUUGGUCGUGAGUCUGCGUGAUACCGAGUUUUCACUUUUGAUGCUUGGAUCGAGGAGAUGGCUCGCCGAUAUUUCGCGAAAUUCCCUGAUUGCUGGUCAGAAGAUCGAACUCAUUCCUUCGAGUAACGCGAUUUGUAUCAACGCGCCAAAGGCCAUGAGUGAACUCGUUCUUUCUGAAGUCAACAGAGUUCUCGAGCAUGCAAAGACCAUCAGCCUUGACCUUAGUCUCGUUACCAAACAGGCCAAGAACCCAGCAGUUCUUAAGUCAGUAGGUGAUGUUACUCACUCUGUGGUUCGCCUCGACCCAGCGGGUGACAAGAUUAAUGUUACCUGGGUUGACAUGCCUGGGCGGAACGAAACCUUGGAGAACAUGGCCGACAUUGUCCUACGCUUCCUUCUUGUUGCUUUUGGCCAGAAGCCGCGUACCGAGCAUAUUACCCUGACCCUUCCCCCUUCCGCGACAGAAAGCGGCCGCUACCUUGUCGAGCCCAACUGUCAACCGAAGCUCCCCUGGCAGGAACGGAUCAAGCUGUGGGCGAGGUGGAUCGCGGCGGUGCCCAAGGCAGGAUCUUCCUCUACAGGCGUAAAGAUACCCCCCGAUAUUCUUCCACACCCACUCAACCUGGCUAAGGAAGCACCUCGCCAUCGGCAGCUCGAGGCUUCAUUCCCCGAGUUGCACACGGGCCAGAGCGCGAAGGGGUGGUCGGAAGUACCGGAGACAGAUACCCGUGCCAUUUUCGGCCAUGUCCUCCAUGCUGCGUCUCGAUCGCCGGACCCGGCGCAAGCCCAGCGUAGCCGUAUUGCCGGGUCGGCUUCCACCUCUGGCUUCCCAAGCCGUCUCGAUACUUCUCUCAGCCGAACCUUCAUGCCUGUGCUCCCUCCGAUUUCUGAACUAAAGUUCGCCAACAACCUCAAGACUCAGGGACUCUACCACUCUGAUAUCGUCAUGCGCUUCGUACCUGCCCCGGAGCAGCCCGGUCCCAUCAAGGCCACGUCUGCUCCCGACCUAGAGCUGGUUCUUGAAGCUGACCAUCGCGAGAUCAAGGGUUUCAGCUCUCUUCGCGCCAUCACUGAGUCUUUCACAGGAGACGUCAUUUGUCCCAGUUCGCCAAUCGAUGUCCGACUCAAGCAGCGCCGCCAUUAUACCAUGGACGUCAGAAGCAUAGGCGAGUGCGGACCUAUCGUUGAAUUCGUGAAGAAAUCGGACUUGCGUCCUUGGGAUGGAAAGCUCAAGACCCCAUCUUCGAUCGAAGCAUUGCCACUACCUAAGCGCCUCUUGUCCGGGCCAUCUACCAGAAGUAUUGACGAAGAAGACGUUCCCGUUAAGUAUCUCUUCGCGGGUAUGGAGAUCCAUAGGCGCGUGGCAGCCGAUUACAAGGGUUUCACUGCCACGUACCGAUCCAUUGAGGCUGGUCAGCGCGGUGGCAAGUACGCCGAGCUCUCCGUGGAUGCAGUUCGUGCCGAGGUGACCCGAGCACUUGGUCCCAAUAAUCUUCAGGAGCUCAGAAAGGGUCCUCUUCCUCCCAACCUUGGCGAAGCCGCCAAACUUGACCCCACUGCUGUGCCUGGCGGCAGUGCUACCAUUACUCCCCUCAACGGGCAUAUGUCGCAAGGCCACCUUAAGCCCGUCACCCCUGAAGAAAGGGGAAUUAACUGGAAGUCUGGCAUCACGCUUGAUGAGGCAGAAUUUCGUGAGCUCCUUGAGUCGGACAAAGAGUCUGUUUCGGGGAUGAAGAAGGCCAGCCGAUCCGCCGCCGCACAGGAAGCAGCGGAUGAGCUCAAUAACCUUGAUCUCGAGGAUAUGGAGGGCCGCGACCCUGGUGCUCCAGGAAAGCAAGAGUUCAAGAGUGCUCUCGAAGAGGAGAUCAAGAAGGAUGAGUGGCUAGAUGAGCUACCUCCUCUCCAAAGGAAGGAUGGAGAGGAGUCGGUCGUUGAUGACUCUGAUCCCUGGGACGGUAACGACCCCAAGCAUCUCAAUGCGUUCCUGGAUGUUGUUGAGGAUAUUGUCAGCGGCAGAGCACCACCUGCUUGGCAAGGGAGGUAA